AUGCCGAGGACCACUUACCCCUGCAUGCAAGUUCCAGGGCCAGUGGAAAACCUGCAAGCUGUAUCUACCUCACCUACCUCAAUUCUUAUCACCUGGGAACCCCCCGCCUAUGCAAACGGUCCAGUGCAAGGUUACAGAUUGUUCUGCACUGAAGUGUCCACGGGAAAAGAACAGAAUAUAGAGGUUGAUGGGCUAUCUUAUAAACUGGAAGGCCUGAAAAAAUUCACGGAAUAUAGUCUUCGAUUCCUAGCUUAUAACCGCUAUGGGCCAGGAGUAUCUACUGACGAUGUGACAGUGGUUACGCUUUCUGAUGUGCCAAGUGCCCCGCCUCAGAACGUCUCCCUGGAAGUAGUUAAUUCGAGGAGUAUCAAAGUAAGCUGGCUGCCUCCUCCAUCAGGAACACAAAAUGGAUUUAUUACCGGUUAUAAAAUUCGACACAGAAAGACAACCCGCAGGGGUGAGAUGGAAACACUGGAGCCAAAUAACCUCUGGUACCUGUUCACAGGACUGGAGAAAGGAAGUCAGUACAGUUUUCAGGUGUCAGCCAUGACAGUCAACGGCACUGGUCCACCUUCCAACUGGUUCACAGCAGAGACUCCGGAGAAUGAUCUGGAUGAGUCUCAAGUUCCUGAUCAGCCAAGCUCUCUUCAUGUGAGGCCCCAGACCAACUGCAUCAUCAUGAGUUGGACCCCUCCCUUGAACCCAAACAUUGUGGUGCGAGGUUACAUCAUUGGAUAUGGUGUUGGGAGCCCUUAUGCUGAGACAGUACGUGUGGACAGUAAACAGCGCUACUAUUCCAUCGAGAGGUUAGAGUCAAGUUCCCAUUAUGUCAUCUCCCUAAAAGCUUUUAACAAUGCAGGAGAAGGAGUUCCUCUUUAUGAAAGUGCUACCACCCGGUCUAUCACAGAUCCCACUGACCCAGUUGAUUAUUAUCCUUUGAUUGAUGACUUCCCCACCUCGGUCCCAGAUGUCUCCACUCCCAUGCUCCCACCAGUAGGUGUGCAGGCUGUGGCUCUCACCCACGAUGCCGUGAGGGUCAGCUGGGCGGACAACUCUGUCCCUAAGAACCAAAAAACGUCCGAAGUGCGACUUUACACUGUCCGGUGGAGGACCAGCUUUUCUGCGAACGCAAAAUACAAGUCAGAAGACACAACGUCUCUGAGUUACACCGCGACGGGCCUCAAACCAAACACGAUGUAUGAGUUCUCCGUCAUGGUCACGAAAAACAGGAGGUCCAGCACUUGGAGCAUGACUGCGCAUGCCACCACGCAUGAGGCAGCCCCGACCUCUGCUCCUAAGGAUUUGACAGUCAUUACUCGAGAAGGGAAGCCUCGCACUGUCAUCGUGAGCUGGCAGCCUCCCUUGGAAGCCAAUGGGAAAAUUACUGCUUACAUCUUGUUUUAUACCUUGGACAAGAACAUUCCAAUUGAUGACUGGAUUAUGGAAACAAUCAGUGGUGACCGGCUUACCCAUCAAAUCAUGGAUCUCAACCUGGACACUAUGUAUUACUUUCGAAUUCAAGCACGAAAUGCCAAAGGAGUGGGGCCUCUCUCGGAUCCCAUCCUCUUCCGGACUCUGAAAGUGGAACACCCUGACAAAAUGGCUAAUGACCAAGGUCGCCAUGGAGACGGAAGUUAUUGGCCAGUUGAUACGAAUUUGAUUGAUAGAAGCACUCUGAAUGAACCACCCAUUGGCAAGAUGCACCCCCCACACGGCAGCGUCACUCCUCAGAAGAACAGCAGCCUGCUUGUGAUCAUCGUGGUCACCGUCGGCAUCAUCACAGUGCUGCUGCUGGUGGUGGUGGCCGUGAUUUGCACCCGGCGUUCUUCAGCCCAGCAGAGAAAGAAACGGGCCACCCACAGCGUUGGCAAAAGGAAGGGCAGCCAGAAGGACCUUCGGCCCCCGGACCUGUGGAUCCAUCACGAAGAAAUGGAGAUGAAAAAUAUCGAGAAGCCGCCAGGCGCGGACCCGACGGCGCGGGACUCCCCCAUCCAGAGCUGCCAGGACCUGACGCCCGUCAGCCACAGUCAGUCAGAGACGCAGCUGGGGAGCAAGAGCACCUCUCAUUCAGGUCAAGACACAGAAGAAGCAGGGAGCUCCAUGUCCACUCUGGAGAGGUCACUGGCUGCACGCCGAGCGACCCGGGCCAAGCUCAUGAUCCCUAUGGACGCCCAGUCCAACAAUCCUGCUGUCGUGAGUGCCAUCCCUGUGCCAACCCUAGAAAGUGCCCAGUACCCAGGAAUCCUUCCAUCACCCACGUGUGGAUACCCUCACCCACAGUUCACCCUCCGGCCUGUGCCAUUCCCAACACUGUCAGUGGACCGAGGUUUUGGAGCAGGAAAAACGGUGAGCGAAGGACCAACCGCCCAACAGCCAGCCAUGCUGCCCCCAGCGCAGCCUGAGCAUCCCAGCAGUGAGGAGGCACCCAGCAGAACCAUCCCCACGGCCUGUGUUCGCCCAACGCAUCCCCUCCGCAGCUUUGCCAACCCUUUGCUACCUCCGCCGAUGAGUGCAAUAGAACCGAAAGUCCCUUAUACACCACUGCUGUCUCAGUCAGGAACUGUGUUAUGCAGAGAAAAAAAGAUGGAAAUGAUAUUCAGAAGUCCAUUUAAAAUGAAAAUUCUGCAGUGGAAGUAAUAGUGGGUUCAGAACACAAACUUUGGAAAUAAACUCAUACUCCAAGUGAUCUAUAAUAACAAAAAAUGACCCCCAAAUGACCCAGUUAUCCUAAUUUUAGAAAGAAUACCUGAUAAUGGGCAGAACAAAGAACUUACCAUGGUCAUUUGCUAUUUUUUUUAAUUCUAGUUACAGUGAAACCAAUGCUGUCUAAAAACAAAUGCAGCAUGAAUGAGUGUAUUAUAUCCUUAACAGAUGUGUC